AUCUUGUGCUGAAGCUGUAAACUGAAACACUCAGUAAAUACAUCCCUGGGUACUCAACUCCUCUCAGCAUGGCCACAUCUCCUGCUGUGAUCUGUGGACUUCUCGUCUCAGUUUAUGUUCAUUUUGCUCCUGCCCAAGAUCAAAGUGCAAGUGCAUCCCUCAGACUGCUCUCUGAGGUCGGGAAGGAACUCCAGCUCUCAUGUGACGUGCCUCAUGAGAAUAACACACUGACUAUACGAUGGCUGCAGAAAACACGUUCCAUGAACGAAUGGGAAGAGAUUGCUGGGUUACCUGGAGACGAGGCGCCCGUGAAUCAGGAGAGAUUUAAGGUCCUUGAGAAUGGGAGUCUGGUGAUCACAUCCGUGAGAGUCAAAGAUGAGGGGCAGUUCAAAUGUCAUGUGGGGAAGAGUGGUUCAGAGGACCACUCCAUCAUAAACGUGGCUGUCUUUAAAAUUCCCACCAAACCUGUGUUGGAUGUGGGCUACCUGACAUUCACAGCCGGAGAACUGUCGGAGAUAGGGACAUGUAUCUCAAGAAAUGGCUAUCCUGUCAAUAACAUUACCUGGUACAAGAAUGGCAGACAGGUGGUUGCCAAUGGAAAGGAAGUACGGAUCGAACUUCAUAAUAUAAGGAACCAGAACACCAAGCUUUACACAACCAAGUCAACGCUCUAUUAUGUCCUGAGCAAGAGGGACAUAAACGCUGAGUUCUUUUGUGGUGUGUCUUAUCCUUCAGAAGGAAGCUUUAAGAUGCUGAGCUCCAAGCACAUUCAAGUUGAUGUACACUAUGCAAUUGAGAAGGUUGUGAUAGAGGUGGAGCCCUCCACCCACAUCAACGAGGGUGAGAGUGUUCGCCUGAAGUGCAUAGCCGACGCCAACCCUUUACCAGAGGAAUACACCUGGCAUAAGGAUGGGAAGUAUAUCAACACUUCGGAGCAGUACACGAUCCAGUUUGUGACCAAAAGUGACGAAGGGGAUUACCAAUGCACUGUCUUUGACUUCAACUUCAUGAUGAAGUCAGCCGUGAAGAUGAUCUACGUGGAGGCAAAAGAGAACAACGAAGUGUGGAGUGGAAAAACGGGUUUUCUGAAAGGGGAAACGACAAAGAACAGAGCCGGGAUGGUUAUUGGGAUCAUCGUGACGUUAGCACUUGUAAUAUUCUUCCUCUCGGUUGCCUAUUACUUCUGCUACUAUAGAAAGAAGGAGGAAAAGAAACCCUUGGAAGAUGUUGAGGAAAGACCUGUCAUGGAUCCAGAGAAGGACUCAGCUACAGAAGAAAAGGUUGAGCAGGAACCUGUCCUUGCCAAGUAAACUGCAGCAAGAAACCGAAAUGGAAAUCCUUGCAAAGAUCAAACAAACUUGUGCACCUUUAUCUUAGCGUUUCAAUUUUAAAGCCAAUACUUACAACCUUAUCAAUUUCAUAAUCUAUCAAGAUUUCAGAUAAUGGAUGUACACCCUCUGCUGUUCCUGGAGAUUUUAUUUAACUUCCUUUCCUCAGGAAAUAGAGAUUGAAUAUUGAAUAUUUUGUUACUUGCUGCACUCCCAUGUCCUGUGUUGUUCAGCAAAUGACCUUGACUGAUGUUGUAAACAGUUCCUUUCAAUUUCCUAGACUAUUUAUGUUCCCAUUAGCCAAAUAGUUUGGCACCUGUCUGCUCCAACCAGGAUUGAAGAUGGGAGGACAGCCAUACAAGUGACGUAUAACAAUUUAAACCUUCACACAAUGGAUGUACACCCUCUGCUAUUUAAACCUUGAUAAAAGUGGUCCCUUUUCCAACUCUCUUUUAAUCAUUGAAACUCUCAAGCAAGCUUGACUGGAAAUGGUUUCCUGCAACUAUUCACUGGCCACCAUGAGCUGUGCCACUGGUGUAACAGGUGCACCUUCUGCACCUAUAACAGCCCACCUGGCACCUUCAUCUACCAACACCUUCAUGUGGGUUUAUAUUAUUUUUUUUACAUUCCACCUAUGGUGCGCAAUUUCAAAAAUACCCUUUCGCCUCAGCUAAUUAAUUCCUCACAGACCAACUUUGCAUUUGAGUAACUCAGAUGCUGGUUUGCAGGUCUCACGCAGCUGAGGCUGAGGCGGGUGGAGUCCUGCAAACUGCACAGUGUUUGAUUUACAAUGUUUUCCUUUGGCAUCCCUCCAGGAAACUUCCUCUUCCUUGUUAAAAAUCAUCUCUUUAACCAAGCUUGCAAUCAAGUUGUAAUGAAAUCUUCUCGUCUAUGGUUU